AUGGGCUAUCCCGUGACUGCAAGUGACCAGAAGCCCGUCGUGAGUGCUCCCGCCGUCACCGGUAAUCCAGUGACCGCGGCUCCAAAGCCGCCACCUGCGCCGAAGGCUGCGGAUGGCGAAGUGGUGGGUGGGACUUGGACGAAGCCCUCAAACACGGGACCAUCGCCCGAGGACGCCAAAGUGGUGGCGGAGUGGAAGGCGGCGGGAAGGUUAGUAGAGAUGGAAGGCGUUUGGUGCGCCGUGCCCUACAAGAUAACCGUGAUUGCCGCCGAAGGCACGGCAGAAGCAAGCGAGGCACAAAGGAUUGUCGACGAGGUCUUCGGCGAAACAGAGAAGACCUUCAGCCACUUCGUCGAAGACUCCGAGGUCUCGCAGCUCAACAAGCUUGCAAAGAAGACGCUCUUCAAGCCUUCACCGGCCAUGAAGAAGGUCCUCUCCGCCGCGGGCACCAUCAAUCGCAUGACUCGUGGAGCCUUCGACCCUGCGAUUCUGCCCUUGGCAGCGCAUUACAAGAAGACCCCAGGAGUGGAGCCGUCCAGCGACCUGAUAAGCCACAGUAAGUGGUCUGCCUUUGAGAUCACGGAGGAGGGUGUUACCAAGCAGCACGACAGCGCCAUGAUGGAUCUCUGCGGCUUGGCCAAGGGCUGGGCUAUUGACGAGAUGAGCCAGAGGUUGAAGGACUUUGGCUUCACUGCGAGCUAUGUAGAUUGGGGUGGUGACAUCAAAGUUAGUGGCCAGCAUCCGACAGGCCGCAACUGGACAGCCGCCGUUCUUGAGCCAUAUCCUCUGAACGGCUCCAAUGAGCCUGAGAAAGCCGACGAGGGAAAAGAGGCUGAGCACAUUGCACACAUCGAGCUCAGGGACGGCCAGGCCAUCGCCACUUCAGGCGACUACUUGCAACAGUUGGCGGAUGACAAGAACCAGAAGACUCGGUGCCACGUCUUGGAUGGCCGAAGUGACAAGAAGCUCGUGCAGAUCUCUCAUCAUUCCGUUGCCUCGGCUUCGGUGGUUUGCAGCUCCUGCAUGAUCGCAGAUGCGUUGGCCACGUCCGCCCUGGCUGUAGGGGAGACGUCCGUGAGGGAGUCACGGAAGCUCCUGGAGAUCUUCACAGGCCAUGCCCUCAAGGACCCGGUCACAGACUUCCUGCUUUUCUCGCGGCUGGGCCCUCGGGUGGUGCGCUGGCGCCCCCCGGGUAGCGAGGCUCAAGAGCACCGCGAGCUCCGCCACGCCUCGCACGAGGAAGGCGCCCAUGUGGUCAUCGUCGGAGGCGGUCUCGCGGGAGUCAGCGCCGCAGUCGAGGCCGUCAAGGCCAAGGCCACGGUGACUCUCCUCGAGAAGGAGGCUCAGCUGGGCGGCAACUCUGCGAAGGCCACGUCGGGCAUCAAUGCUUGCGGCACACGGGUGCAGAAGGCACAUGGUGUGGACGACGAUGUGCGAUGGUUGGAGCGCGACACCUUCGUGAGUGCCAAAGGGGGCAGCUCCGACCAAGGAUGCGUCUCGAUGCUGGCUUCCAAAAGCGCCGAGGCCAUCCAUUGGCUCAUCGACGAGCUUGGCAUUCCUCUUAGCCCGUUGGCUGCCUUCUUGACAUGUCCAGCUCGCGGGCCCAUGUCAUGCUGCCCGCCGAAAGCUGAUGGUACACCGGUGCCUGUUGGCUACACCAUCAUGCAACACGCUCGGGCAGCAGCCAUGGCCAUCCCCGGGGUUUCCGUGAAGACCAACUCCACCAUGAAGAGGCUGCUACAGAAAACCCGCGAGGACGGAGCCUUGGAGGUCUGUGGCGUAGAGUACAUGGAUGCCGACGGGGAGCUGCAGACUUUGUCCUGCGAUGCCGUGAUCCUGACGACCGGCGGCUUUGGUUUUGACCACAGCGACGGGAGCCUGAUGAAGCAGUACAGGCCCGACCUCGUAGGGGUUCCGACAACCAAUGGCUCCUUUGCGAACGGCGAUGGCAUGAGGUUUGGCGCGGACGUUGGGGCAUCCUUGGUGGACAUGGACAAGGUCCAGCUGCAUCCCACAGCCUUGAUCGACCCGAAGGACCCACUGUGCCACACGAAGUACCUGGGCCCAGAGGCGCUGCGAGGUUCGGGUGGAAUUCUCUUGGACCAGCAGGGACGGCGAUUCGUGAACGAGCUCGACUUGCGCAGCACCGUCUCCGCUAAGAUCUUGGAGCAUUGCGAGGAGUACCAUAUAGAGGGCUCGGCUGUAAAGGGCAGGCCCUGGUCCUGGUGCGUCUUGAACCAAGAGUGCCAGCAGAAGUUUGGCUUGCCGAUGCUCGGCUUCUACAAGAGCCAAGGCUUGUUCGAGGAGGUGACCGGCACAGCGGGCCUCGCAGCGCUGCUAGGCUGCGAGGAGCAGACCAUCCUCGAGACUUUCAAAGACUAUGCUAAUGCCUGCGAUCAGAAGAUCUGCCACAAGACCGGCAAAACCGUCUUCCCCUCCAAAGUCACCGAGGAAGACCAAAGUUUCGUUGUGGCGAGGAUCACGCCGUGCAUCCACUACUGCAUGGGCGGUCGCAUGGACACGGAAAGGGGCAACAGGCUUAGAGAUCUCCCCAAGUGGCGAGGUCUUGACCAGGAUUAUUCGCGGCAGGGGAGUGCACUGGUGGAGUGCACGGUGAUCCGCGACACAGACGAGAAGUACGGGCACAACACGGCCGUGUACCGCUUUGAGCUCCAUGGCUCCAUGCAGACGACGGGCUUAGAGGUGGGCAGAUACAUCGGCAUCAAGGGGGAGAUUGACGGGGACACGGUGACGGGCUUCUACAGUCCCAUCAGUCGUCCUGAGGACAGCGGGGUGAUUGACAUCUUGUGUCGAACUGACGAGAAAGGAGGGCCCAUCGUGAGCUUGUUGAACUCCAUGCAGCCGGGCUCGAGCUGCAUGAUGGCUGGCAUGGGGGGUGUCAAGCUAAAGCAAGAUGUAACUACUGGAGGCUUUUCCUAUCAAGGUCGUUCCAUCAAGAAGCUCAGCCUCCUCUGCGGAGGCACAGGACUGGCGCCGGCUGUUCAGGUGGUCCGUGCCUAUGUGAACAUGAUUAGCAAGUUCCCAGAACAGAUGCCGAUUUCGCCGGACGAGGGUGGUGUUAAGAUUGUUUAUGCCGCAGAGACACACGGUGACCUGGCCUUCAUCACAGCCCUGGAUCAGCUCAAAGAGCGAUUCCCGCAGCUGAUCUCCUACUAUCUCGUCCUCAACAAGCCCCCUAGGGGUUGGGUACAGGGGAUUGGCUUCGUUGAUGGAGACAUCAUCAGGCAACGCCUUUGGUUUCCCGGCUCCGAGGACCAUGUCUGUGUCAUGUGCAGCCCACCUAUCUUUGAGAAGAUCAUGUGUGCCAACCUCGCCAAGAUGGGCUAUGACAGAGGCCAGUACUACUCCUUCGCAGAUCCAACAGACUGCUGA